AGACCAGGACCAGCUGAGACCAGGACCAGGACCAGGGCGGACCUUUACCUUAUUAUUAUCAGUCUUUAUUCAGUUAUUGUGGGUUUCUCCGCUCAGAGACCAGAAGCGGCUCUCCGGGAGCAGAAUAAAGGAUCUAACUGAAGUGGUCUCGAGCUCACCUGGACAUGGCUUCCACCACCUGCACCAGGUUCACGGAUGAGUACCAGCUGUACGAGGAGCUGGGGAAGGGGGCUUUCUCCGUGGUGAGGCGCUGCAUGAAGAUCUCCACAGGACAGGAGUACGCUGCCAAAAUAAUCAACACCAAGAAGUUGUCAGCCAGGGAUCACCAGAAGCUGGAGCGAGAGGCGAGGAUCUGCCGUCUACUGAAGCAUGCCAACAUCGUCCGGCUCCAUGACAGCAUAUCAGAGGAAGGAUUCCACUAUCUGGUCUUUGAUUUAGUUACCGGCGGUGAGUUGUUUGAGGACAUUGUUGCCAGGGAGUACUACAGUGAAGCUGACGCCAGUCAUUGCAUUCAGCAGAUCCUAGAGGCUGUGCUCCACUGCCACCAGAUGGGCGUGGUCCACCGCGACCUCAAGCCAGAGAAUUUACUCUUAGCCAGCAAGUUAAAGGGCGCCGCGGUGAAACUGGCAGAUUUCGGCCUGGCGAUAGAAGUGCAAGGAGACCAGCAGGCAUGGUUCGGUUUUGCUGGGACACCAGGAUACCUGUCUCCAGAGGUGCUGAGGAAAGAUCCAUACGGCAAGCCAGUGGACAUGUGGGCCUGUGGUGUGAUCCUCUACAUCCUCCUGGUGGGAUAUCCUCCAUUCUGGGACGAAGACCAGCACCGACUCUACCAGCAGAUCAAAGCUGGGGCUUAUGAUUUCCCUUCUCCUGAGUGGGACACGGUGACUCCAGAGGCCAAAGACCUGAUCAACAAGAUGCUGACCAUUAAUCCGGCCAAGAGAGUGACCGCCACCGACGCUCUCAAACACCCCUGGAUCUGCCAACGCUCCACUGUGGCGUCCAUGAUGCACCGACAGGAGACGGUGGAGUGCCUGAAGAAGUUCAACGCUAGAAGGAAACUCAAGGGUGCUAUCCUCACCACCAUGCUGGCCACUCGCAACUUCUCAGUAGCCAAGAGCCUGCUGAACAAAAAAGCAGAUGGUGUCAAAAUCAACAACAAGGCCAAUGUGGUCACCAGCCCCAAAGAGCCUGUCCCCACUCCUUCUCUGGAGCCUCAAACCACUGUUAUCCACAACCCAGCUGAUGGAAACAAGGAGUCCAGUGAGAGUGCCAACACUACCAUUGAGGAUGAAGACGUGAGAGCUCGUAAGCAGGAAAUCAUUAAAGUCACUGAGCAGCUGAUUGAGGCCAUCAACAACGGCGACUUUGAAGCCUACACGAAAAUCUGUGAUCCUGGCCUUACGUCCUUCGAGCCGGAGGCCUUGGGCAACUUGGUGGAGGGCACCGACUUCCACCGCUUCUACUUUGAGAAUGCUCUGUCCAAGGGGAAGCAGCCCAUCCACACCAUCCUGCUCAACCCUCACGUCCACCUGAUCGGAGACGAGGCCGCCUGCAUCGCCUACAUCCGCCUCACGCAGUACAUCGACGGCAGCGGCCUGCCUCGCACCAUGCAGUCGGAGGAGACGCGCAUCUGGCACCGCCGCGACAGCAAGUGGCAGAACAUCCACUUCCACCGCUCCGGCUCGCCCACCGUGCCCACUAAUUGAGGACCAUCUCUGACUCCAGACACCCUCCAGCCUACAGCAAUCAGCUCAACCCACCUGCCAGGUGUUCGUCAGAUCCUCAGCCAAUCCCUGCCCAUGAUAGCUUUAGCUCCGCCCUCUCAGUGUGUUGUUUACAUAUUGUCGCUGCUGGACUGAAGGUAAUCUUACAUGUUGGAAAAACAAUCAAACAAAGCGAGGGAGAAAACUUCAAGUCUUGACAAUAUCAUUUUGUAGUGAGAGUUUUUUAGAUCAGGAUGUUUUAAAUAGAAGAGCUUUUCACAAGAGCCACUUGUUCCAGUUGAUGAAUUUUUAACAGGCUGGUAAAUUUGUGAUACUUCCAACUAGGGCUGGGCGAUAUGGACCAAAACUCGUAUCCCGAUAUACCUAGGCUGAAUAUCAAUAUACGAUAUAUAUCCUGAUAUUUUUAUUGCAAAGUGAGAGCAAAUGUUCAGUCAAAGCCAAAUCUGACAUGUCACAAGUCGUUUAUUUAAGUGAACAUAAAUACUGUAAAACAGGAGAACCUUUUUUUUAAAUCAAAGCUCCAUAAAGUUCACAUUUAAAUAAAAAAUAUCUUCAAUAAAAACAACCUAUGAAAUAAAAUAGGCCAAUCUUUUUCUGAAAUAAAUAUAUUUAUAUCAGAAAAGAAUAACGAACAUUACAAAAGAACUAAAUAUGACAAACUCUAGUAAGGGCAGCAUUUAUAUAUAAAGAAAGAGAAAAAAGAACUAUAUUGAUAUAUGUGAUAUGGUCUAAUUCCGUAUCACAUUUAAAAAGAUAUCGAUAUAUCUUGAUAUAUCGCCCAGCCCUACUUCCAAUCAUUCUGUAGUGACUCAUGAGCUGUUGUGAUGUUUCAAUGA